AUGUCCGAAUCAGCCAGCGAGAAGACGCUCGCCCCCGCGGAGGCGUCUGUCGCCGUGCUCCCCUCCAGCUCGCCGACCGAGAAAGCCGGCAUCGCUAGCAGCACUCCCUCAGCAGCCGCCCCGAAAGCAACACCACCACCACCCACCACCGCUCGCCGCAACCUCUCCACGCUCGCCCGCACCGACGCCUUCAUCGCGCACCUGCAGCGCUGCAUGCAGACGCGCGCCGGCGCCGACACGGUGCUCAUGUUUGCCUGCUACGCGACGCGUCUCGCCGGCGGCGUGCUCGACCUCGGCGGGCGCGCGGCGCUCCGCUCCUCGGCGCGGCAGCUCGUGUCGGCGCUCUUCUCGCUGCCGCCGGCGACGACGGUGGUGAUUGAGUCCGCGACGGCGUCGCCGGCGAUUGCCCGCGUGCUGGACCUCGCGCAGCGCCUGCAGGCCUACUCGGGCAUGAUCUCUGAGAUGCGCACCAUGGGCCGCCUAUGGGGCCUGCUCGGCCUGUACUCGGCCGUCAAGGGGCUCGCCGCCAAGACGUUUGCCGCCCGCAAGGGCAGCAGCAGCGGUGACGACGCUCUCAGUGACGAUGCCGCGGAGAGGACGUUUGCGGCGCUGCUGGCGUGGGCGCAGGUCAUCUGCCUCGUCGUCUUCCAGGCGUGCGAGAACGCCGCGUACCUCGGCAGCAAGAAGAUCCUGCCCAUCAAGCCGCUCAACCAGGGCCGGCUGGCGGUCCUGAGCGUGCGCUUCUGGGGCGCGUACGUCGCCAUGGAGCUGGUCAAGCACAUGGUCGAGCGCGGGCGCGUGCUGGCGGCCGCGGGCGGCGUCGUCAAGACGGCCGAGCAGAGGACGUGGCAGGAGGGCUGGCGCACGGCGUUUUAUCGGAACGCGGCGUGGGCGCCCCUCACGAUGCACUGGGGCACGCCCGGCGGGCUGCUCCCAGAUGUCGCCGUCGCGCUGCUCGCGCUGUACCCGGCGACGGGCGGCCUGAGGGAUCUUUGGCGCAGCACGGCGUAA